CCCACCUACCAGGAGCCUUCAACAAUAUUGCCAUCCUCAGUCGCAUAUAGACAGGCAGGCGAUGGUCCUCCAGCGUCUCCACGCCAAUUAUCAGGGCUGUUGCUAGUGCUUCGUUCGAUACGACACUCAGGAUUCUGGUCGUUGCUGCAGCUUGCCGAUAUAACUGACAGAAAUACAGACAAGGAGCAGGGCCUUCACUCUAACCGCUGGGAACGAGCUCACCGUUUCCCAGCCGCCUUCCAAUGCUGGUUGUUACAGUGCGUCUUCAAUAUCACAGUGGGUUAUCAUUGGCUUUCUCCAUUAUGGCGAGAAGAUAUUAAGAUUCACACCCUUGAUGGCAAUAUCACGCCUGAUAAUGAUCCCCGCGUGCUCAUCCGGUCGCUAUCCCUGGCAUACCACCAACUCAGGCCGUCAGCUUGGCCAGCUGCGGGCACGGCCACCACCCUCACAGUCUUCUGCUUACUCGCGGUUCUCUCCGGCAUCAUUGCAUAUGCAGAGAUGUACACGGUCGACUAGGAUAACCUGGACUCUGCGCUUGAGAGGGUGUCUACCGUUGAGACGUGGAGCAAGAACCAACGGCCGUGCAGCCCGCUUCGACGGUUGCAGUGGAGUACGUCCCGCCAUAUCCACUUGCUUUGUGAACUCAGUCAGAGGCUUCCUCUUAAUCUAAAUGAAGUCACUAUAUGUGGCUUUUGAGAAGACCCGCACUGGCUUCGGUCAAGCCGACUCGUCGAUGAACCCACUUCCUCGCUGCUCUGUACUCAUUCGACACGGACCGAGAGUGUAAACUUAAAAUUGCAUGAGCUGGAACCUGGGCUUGGGUAUGCAGAGAUACAUCUAUGUGCUUCUUGGUGUCGACAAACGUUAUAGUACCUGGUGCAUGAAAACGCACCUCAGUCUGGCUUACGACCUGCACGUUUACGCUAUAGGUCAAGUGACUCAUGAGUCUAGCAGUCUGUUCGCCCAUGUGUUCGAAGUCAAUACUACUUUGCUCGACCUCAGUUUUAUUUCCACUUCUUACCUGAAAAGCACAGCCGAAAUGAUACAAGCAUCAAACGGGUGGUCGUCCGGAUUACCAACGCACCGAGUGUCCUGUUCAGGGUCAGUUCACAGUGACCUUGAAUCAUGUUCGUCCUAUAUCUGAUCCUGUUAAAACAUCCACCUAAAUUCGGUCUCAGCUGUACCAUUUCAUGUUCUUUGGACAUUCCAUGAAGCACAGCAUACGAAUAGAGAUGCAGUUUUUAUCUCUUGGUCACUAAAGGAUCCCUCAUCUGUAAUAUACUUCGAGUAGAACUUUGCUGUAAGACUUGUGUGGAUGUCGAUAAAACCAUAAAAGAGCCCUUCGCCAUUUUUAUCAGCUCCUGCCGCGAUACUAAGUCCUCUCGUUUACCAAUUUCUCAUCGCCGCAAGCCAUCCGCACAUCAAAACCUUGCUUACAUAAUCACAACCCAACUACCACCUCGCAAUGCAAUUGCCUACUCAAGUCUAAAGUCAUCCCAGGCGGUCUCAAACACAAGUCU